CCGCGGAGCCCCAGCCCUGCGGAGCCCAGCCCCGAGGAGCCCAGCCCUGCGGAGCCCAGCCCUGCGGAGCCCAGCCCCGCGGAGCCCCAGCCCCAGCCCUGCGGACCCAGCCCUGCGGAGCCCAGCCCUGCAGAGCCCAGCCCUGCGGAGCCCAGCCCUGCGGAGCCCCAGCCCCGCGGAGCCCCAGCCCCACGGAGCCCCAGCCCCACGGAGCCCCAGCCCCGCGGAGCCCCAGCCCCGCAGAGCCCAGCCCCAGCCCCGCGGAGCCCCAGCCCUGCGGAGCCCAGCCCCGCGGAGCCCAGCCCUGCGGAGCCCAGCCCUGCGGAGCCCAGCCCCGCGAGCCCCAGCCCUGCGGAGCCCAGCCCCAGCCCCGCGGAGCCCAGCCCUGCGGAGCCCAGCCCCGCGGAGCCCCAGCCCCAGCCCCGCGGAGCCCCAGCCCCGCGGAGCCCCAGCCCUGCGGAGCCCCAGCCCUGCGGAGCCCCAGCCCUGCGGAGCCCCAGCCCCACGGAGCCCAGCCCCAGCCCUGCGAGCCCCAGCCCCACGGAGCCCAGCCCCAGCCCUGUGGAGCCCCAGCCCUGCGGAGCCCCAGCCCCACGGAGCCCAGCCCCAGCCCUGCGGAGCCCCAGCCCUGCGGAGCCGAGCCCUGCAGAGCCCAGCCCCAGCCCUGCGGAGCCCAGCCCCAGCCCCGCAGAGCUCAGCCCCAGCCCUGCGGAGCCCAGCCCCGCGGAGCCCAGCCCUGCGGAGCCCAGCCCC